AUGGUUCGAACCAAGUCUUCUCCUGGAGCAUCUCCUCGAAAUGGUCGAUCUACAACUCGUCCCUCGUCCAUAUCAGGAGUCAAACCGCGUAACCGAGACAAGCCUCUUCCGCCAAUUGUUUACGAUUCUGCUGACCCUGUUGCGGCUAAACGAGCAAGGAAUACCGAAGCUGCUCGAAAAUCACGUGCCCGCAAAGUCGAAGUCCAGGAGCAGAUGGAGCGUCGUAUUGCUGAACUGGAGAAGGAGCUGCAAAAGUCUCGUCAAAGCGAAGCCUAUUGGAGAUCCAUUGCAGAGGCGAACGCGCUAUGA